GAGAUACUUUUCUCAAAAUAUAAGUGAAUUUUGGAUUGAAAUCUAUAUACUUUAUCUGGUGUCAUAUUAAGUGCCCAGAAAAACACACAUUUAAACUUCCAUUUUAAGAUGGGAAUACUAUUUCUAUUAGUUCUUGAUGAUCUUUAUUGAACAAGAAUAUAAAUGCAUACAAGUGAGCGCGGCCUGGUGGAGAGACAGAGAGAUGUUAACAGUACCUCUGGCUAAUAGACUCUACACUGAUGUGCUCAAGCAGUGUAUACAUUCAUGUAACAUAAAAGGCAGGUAAACACGAUUUGUGAGUGAUUUUAAGCAGGCACAGAAAACUCAGAAAAAUUGAGAGAUUUUUAGUUUUUUUACGAGUUUAGUAAAAAUAAAUAAACACAACUCUUCCCAGACUUAAAGACAAAACAACCAGUUUAACCGUAGAAGACAAAUUUCUUAUCGUAAAAGUGUUUGUAUGUUAUUUAGAAAGGGUAGCACUUAUUAAAGAGUUUGUAUGACACCUCUACACGUUUGUAAACAUUUCAGAGGCUCUCGGGAACUCACCGUCGCACAGUUGGAUGACGAAGAACUCAUGCGUCCGAGUGUAAAGUCAGGAACCAACUUCGCUGUCUAGCAGGUUUUAAGCCUUUGGGCUGGCAAUGGGGGACAUGAAGACCCCAGACUUUGAUGAUUUGCUGGCAGCUUUUGACAUUCCUGACAUUGAUGCCAAAGAAGCCAUUCAGUCAAGCCCCGAGGAGGAACGGGAUGAGGUGGGGAAUAAUGCAGAUGAGAGGGAGGGUGGGUCUCCUUCAUGCUUUCCCUGCCCUCCUGCCUCACAUAGUGACCCCCCUGUGGUCAGUGUUAUUGUGAAGAACACAGUACGGUCUGAGUCUUUUGAAGAGGAGGAGAAGUCUGUCAGGGAUAAGACAGACAGUCCUUCAAGCAGUGGCUUAAUCUCUCAGGUUCAGGUCAAGUUUGAAGACCUCAACUCACAGUUUGGUCCCAAAAUACCUGCUGAGGCCCCUGUGGAGCCCCAGAUUGCCAAUGGCUUUGAGAGAUCUGUCCCCAAAGAUCAGGGACAGUCCAACACAGAGCCAUGGCCCCAGCAUUCACCAUUGAGGUCCACACUAAAUGAGGAGGACAACGGAGCUGAUGCCAGAUCGGUCCAGCACACGACUGAUGUCAUGAACAGUUUGAAGCCCCUCCUCUACCUCCAGUCCUCAACUAGUGCCGGCCCCACCUCCUCAACUCCUUCCUCCCCACACUCUGUGGGCCCUCACAUUUCUCCUUGCUCCCCUCAAAAGGAGGAAACGUGUCCCCUCAGUAAUCCAUCAUCCCCUCUACCACAAAACGGAAGUAGUAAGGCUGGAAUUAUGCGUGUUAUGCACUCAGAUGAAGAUGACUCAGAGCCAGACUUGGGGAGUCCACUGGUGAUCCAGGAGAGUCCAGAUUCUCUAAUGUCCUCUCCUCCCAAAUUUAAACACAGAGCAAAAGUACGGCCAGAGCUGCUUGGCUCUCCUGAAACCACUUUUGUUUCUCGUCCUCCUCCUCUCUCUUCUUCGGCACCUGCAAAUCCUAAACCCCAGCUUGAGGAAAAGGGUCGACCUACCACCCCCAGCUCUCCCUCCAUAGCUCCUCAGCCACAGAGCCCUCAGGACUGCCUCCCCUCUGUCAGCACAGACUCUACAUCUGUCCAAGAGGAGAAAUACCCAGAACAUGUGAUUGAUGAGAGGGACUCACCUGAGAGCCCACCACCCAGUGAGACAGGUGUAGUCCCCAAGAGAAGCAACAGCCCCGAUUUGGCCCAGACAUCAGUAGCAAACCACAAGGACUUAAGUCACCAAGAAGAGCUCAUGGAAAGUGAGCCCAGAGAAGAGGACAGGGCAGGUGACACUGAGAAGCUGGCUGCAGAUGGAGAAAAUGUAGACGAGGAGAGCUGUGGCGCUGGUACUGAGGAUCCUGUGUCUGCUAGUGCUGCUGGGACCGUUGCAUCUCCAUUGCGUCCCCUCAAAGUUAAAAUCAAAAUGCGUACAGGCAGCAUCACAAGGACUGUGACUGGCGUUGCACCUAAAAGAAGUGGAAGAGCCACUACCAAAGGUGUGGAUAGUCCAAAACCUUCACUAGAACGUCAUAACACAAGAUCCAAGAGGGAGGUAUCACAGCAACCUCAGAUGCCUGCAAUGGCGAUGCUCCAGGAAGGUGCCCGUACAGUCAAAGACAAAACCACCGUGAACACCAAGCCUAAGGUUUCCCCCACAGCUGUUAGCAUCACCAAAGGCGCAGCCCUGCCUUCCGUCUCUGUCUCCUUUCCGAGAGUCAGCCCAGGGGGGAUCAACACUCGCAGCCUGGCCCCGAAAGGUCUAAACAGUGGGAUGACGCUUCCUGCACCUUCACCUCUGCUCCAAAGUAGCAGCAGACCAGCCUCCAUAGUUAACAGCACAGGGGCAAUUAUAUCCAAAAGUCAGACCAACCUGGUGGAAGCUUUCAACAAGAUCCUCAACAACAAGAACCUGCUACCCAGCUAUAAACCAGAUCUAAGCUCCCCUCUUCCUGCAGAGUGGGGCCUUCCUCUGCCUGCACAGGGUUACCGCUGUUUGGAGUGUGGUGACGCCUUUGCCCUGGAGCAGAGUUUGGCACGGCAUUACGCUCGGCGCUCUCUGAGGAUUGAGGUGACCUGUAAUCACUGCGCCAAGCGUUUGGCCUUCUUCAACAAGUGCAGCCUGCUGUUACAUGCCAGAGAGCACAAGGAGAGAGGCCUGAUCAUGCAGUGUUCACACCUGGUCAUGAAACCUGUACCUGUGGAGCAGAUGAUUGGCCAGCAGGAACCUACUGCCAUUGGUGGGAUCUCUCCAUCUCUUCUGUCAUCCUCUUCAGGACCGUCAUCAUCCCUUUUAAGCCAGGCCAUUCCAAAUCCAACAUCCCAGACACAUAAAGCAAUAUCCAACAAGAAAACAGAGGCAGUGCAGUACAGCGCUAAUAAAUGUCCUGAGUGUCAGGCUCAGUUCAGCAGCAAAGAAGAAGUGGCUGAGCAUUUCCAAGAAAUCAAACCAGCACAAACCACUCCAUGCACCGAGUGUUCUCCUCCCAUGCUCCUGCCCAACAGCUGCAGUGCGGCAGCUCACCAACGCAUCCACCAAGGCUGCCAACCACACAUCUGCCCAGAGUGUGGGGGCACAGCCAAGCAGCCGCAAUUUCAAACACAUCUGGACGAGACCUGUUUGCACUUUGCACGCCGCAUUGGAUACAGAUGUUCCAGUUGCUUGGUGGUGUUUGGAGGACUCAACUCAGUGAAGUCUCACAUCCAACAGGCUCAUUGUGAUAUGUUCCACAAAUGCCCCAGCUGCCCCAUGGCUUUCAAGUCUGCUCCCAGCAUACAGAACCACAUCACAGCCCAACAUCCAGCGCUCACUGAAAGACAGACCAUGUCAAUCUAUAAAUGUGUCAUGUGUGACACAGUUUUUACAAACAAGCCCCUGCUGUACGUCCACUUUGACACUCAUUUAACCAAUCAGAAGGUGGAUGUGUUUAAAUGCCCUGAGUGCACCAAGUUGUUUUCUCAGAGGAAUUCCCUACUGGAUCAUUUCAAGACCCAUAAGGCUCCCACGCUAAAACAAGAGUUGCCUUCACCUCCAGCUGCUUCCUCUCGUUCACGUCCUUCAUUGACAUUAGAGAGCUCAGAUGGGGAGGAAUGGAUGAAUGAAGAGAAAGAAGAGAAAGCGAAGACAGAAAGGAUGAAGACCCCGUCAGGGUGGAAGUGUGCACCUUGCCACGCACGCUACACAGACCGGGAAGACUACAUCACCCAUAUGGCUGAACAACAUAGCAAGACUCUGAAGAAGUUCCCUUGUAACAAGUGUGAGAGCUCCUUCACCACCACCUCCAGUCUGAGACGUCACAUCAGAGACAAACAUAAAGUCAUGAAUCGCAGCUUUCGCUGCCAGUUCUGUAGUGAGAGUAAGAAAACAUUCAGCAGCAGAACGAUGUUGGAGAGACAUAUUCAGCUGAGACACAGCAUGGACACAGAAAGCCAGGACACACUGAUGGGAGGCGGAGAUGAGGCUGACAGUUCCUCAGAACAGGACGGCAGUUUGGGGGCUCGUCGGAGACGGAGACCAGCCGUGAAGAUGGAGCAGGACGAAGACUCCACAGAUGGGGUGAGUCCAGUGAAGAAGUCGCAGUCCUCCUCCUCCACUGCUGCCCCCUACUCCCUUCCUGAGUCUGGGUUCCGCUGUGCCCCCUGCGGCUUCACCACAGAAGAUCAGGCAUCGUUCUUGGAGCAUAUCAGCCAGCACCGACGAGGAGGGACGGAGGGGGGCGGUCAGCAGUGUCUACAGUGCGGCGCCUGCUUCACAUCCACCUCCUCCCUGUCACGCCAUCGUUUCAUCAUCCACAAAGUGAGAAAUACAUUCACUGAAAACCAGCAAUCCCUCAACGUGCACCCAGCGCCUUCCCCUGGUAACAGCAAGAACCAUGAUGAUAAGAGUUCUCUAGGUGGUUCUGCACCAGCAUCGCCUUCCUCUCAGGGGAUGGAAGAGGAGGGGUCACUGGCCUGUAAGGUGUGCCGCAAGAAAUUUGAAAAGGCAUCGGAUCUUAACACGCACUUCAGGACUCACGGUAUGGCUUUUAUCAGUGCGAGGAAUGCAGGAAAAACUACUUAAGACACCAAAUACACAGGGAAGAGCAGUGCUGGUAGGUGAUAAAAGAAAGAAGUGCCUUAUUUCUUGUCGACUUCUCAUCAAAGGUAGCACACACCUAUGCACUAAUUUAACCAAAGAUUGGUAGAACAGAGUUUAUAUGUGAAUAGAUUGUAAAAAUAAAAUAAAAUAAAAAAACUGGUCAAGAUCAGCCUAAAAAGGACAUUUCACCCCAAAAUCAAGAAUGCAUAUUUUCCCUCUUACAUGUAGUGCAAUUUGUUGAGUUGGUGAGUUUUAGAGAUAUUGGCUGUAGAGAUGUCUGGCUUCUGUGGAGUAUAAUGGGACCAGAUGGCACUUUGCUUGUGGUGCAAAAUAAACAUUUAAACUCAACAGCAAUGUCUGUUUUUGCUGACUUUAAGCACCAUAAGCAAAGUGCUAUUUGUUUCCAUUAUACUUGAGAGAUGGCAGACAUCUUACAACCAAUGUCUCCUACACUCUGCAAGUCACACCAAAACAAUCUAGACGGAUUAAUAGCACUACAGGUAAGAGGAAAAAGAUGUAUUUUUGACUUUAGGGCGAACUGUCCCUUUAACUCUCUACUUUUGACACUCAGGAUCUAAUACUGCAUUUCUGUAUUCAGUAACGAUAGUUGGUCUGACUAGUUCACUGCUGUGACCACAUUCACAUAAUAAUGUGCCUGUAGAGGACUUUGAAUGUUAGAACCAGAACUUACUGUGAUUACAAUGGCUGUUUCACUGAAUGUUGAUAGCCAGUGAUGAAUGUUUUGAUUUCAAUGUUUUCAUCCUACUGAGGAGAUUCUUGGAUGGCAACCCAGGUUUUUCUGUAAAGUCCUUUUUUAUUUUUUUUUAACAUAUUUUUAGAGAGUUAUCGCGUUGGUUUAGAAUAGCUCCGUUACUAUUAAGUGUGUAUACUUCAACUUAUUGCCAGCCAUUUUCAAAAACAUACAAUAACAUUUAAACUGAUUCCAAACUUUAAUGCAGCCAUAUGAAAACUAAGACUUAAACUUUGUUUAUGACAGGUAACCCAUCUAACUUCCUGUUUGUGUGUUCACAGACAGAAUUCUAACAUAAAGAGGACAUUUUGUACUAAAUAGACUAUCUUUGGAAGAUACGCACUUCAUUUUUCUAACUCAGACUUCUGAAACUUCAUAUUAGCCAGUCAUUAAAUUCAUUAAUCAUAUUGGGAAGGAAUCUCUUCACUACCAGUACGGACAGGAGGAAUAAUUACAAUUAAAGACUAAUAAUUAUUUCGAUGUACAUAGGCAUAAGUGAACCCGUAAUAUAAAUGUUUAAUGUUAAAAGUCCCUGCAUGUAUAUAUUUAUAUUGUACUUAAAUGAAUGUGGACCAAUAAUUCUGUGAAAGAUACGUAGAGUGAAAUCUAAAAAAACCUGAACUAUGCUUUGGGAAAUGGUCAGCAAUAAUCUGAAGUGUUCACAAUUGUUACUAGUUGAUGGGGUAAAAUUGAAAUGAAUAUUAAAUACCUUUUUAAGUGGAAUGUACUGUAAUUACAUCAGACUGACUGAUUUAUUCCUUCUUUAUGUGCAAGAGUUGAAAGUUAAAAUGACAUAUUUUGGUUUGGGGGAUGUGCUUGUCUUUUUAAAAAAAUAAGAUUACUUUAAAAAGAUCAGUAUGUAUGUGAUCGUGUCUGUUUCUUAUGCUUUACUAAGAAGAUGAGAACAUGCAGAACCUUGUAUUUUAAGAUUUUCUUCAGUCUUUGUCCUGCAUAACUGAGUUCAGCACUGGUUAACUAGAUGAAUAUAAUCUUAUGUUACCGGAAAGAAUCAAUCAUUUAACUGUUGUUCAAUAUGAGAACGUCUGAGAGGAGAAAGGGUUCUGAGUGCUGUGUUUUGAUUUAAUUUCUAUCUCUAGUGGCACCUUUUUUUUAUUAUUCUAACUGUUUAUGUCUCACAAGCUGCUGAUUCGCUGAAAUGUUUCUGACCACAGGAUCCACAGAUUGAGCUAAUAUCCAUGCAUCGCCAUCACUGAGUAAUCAUCAGUGAACCGUUUGCGCUUGUGUUUACUUUCUCAGGAGAUUAUCCAAUGCUUAACACACAUUGUUCUGGGAAACUUUUUCUGUUUUUGCAUUGACAAAACAAUUUCUAACCAAAUGUUUAUUAAAAAAAAAAGAUAAAUAAAACAAUAAAAAAACG